AACCCAGAGUCCAGCUGUUCAGUAAGGAUCCUUCUUCUGUGUGGGGGCUAAAUCCUUGGAAGAAAACGGCAUUGAAGAAAAGAAAAUGGAAGGAUCCCAGCACAGCAGUGCCUGCCCUUGUGUCUUUGAUAUACCAGCCAAAACAAUGGAUGAGUUCUGUCGCUGUAUGGACUCUCUGAGUGACUGGGAAUGGAUGCGCUUUGCAUCUUCUGUGAUCGAUGACCAAACAGUUCUGCGGAGAAUCCGGUCGUACGAAAGGACAGGGGUUAGUGUAACUGGGGAGCUUAUGUGGUCUUGGGGACAAAAGCUGCCGACUUUGCAGGAACUAGUUGAUCGUCUCCAGAAGCUGGAACUGUACAGAGCCUUGGGGAUUCUACAACAAUGGGCUCCAGUGUCGGUAAUAUCUGCUAAAGCACCAGAGAGAAGAAAAGUAGAACUCCGUGCAAAACAGCCUGAUUACAUGAAAGAUAAAAAGCUGCCAGAACUUCCAUCCUCUUUACCUUCAGAACUUUCUGCUCCUCCGUUACCUGGCCCACCUUCUCCUCCAUCAGCGCUUCUGCAAUCACUGUCCAUCGAAUCAGAAUGUAGUCUGGAGCCUGAUUCUCCGGAGGAGAUUCUUAGCAUCCCACAGCAAGAGGAAAGUUCUUUUCCAAAAGGGCUGUGUAAAAUGUGGACGCAGAAGGAUGUGGACGAUGCCACGGACGGUUUCUGCAGCAACAAAAUAGUACAUGAAGGAGAAUUUGCUGACAUCUACAUGGGAUACAAGGGAGGCAAACAAUAUGCAAUAAAAAGGCUAAAAAGGGUGGAGGGCGAAGAGCAAAAAAAGAUGUCUUCAUUCUUCCAAACAGAGGCUCAAAUCAGUUUCCGGUGCUGUCAUGCAAAUAUUCUGCCGUUGCUUGGUUUCUGUGUAGAGGGUGAUUGUUCCUGCCUUAUAAACCAGUUCAUGAUGAACGGAUCUUUAGAUGUCGCAUUACAACAGAGUCAAAAUCAUAUCCUGAACUGGGAGAGGAGGUUAAGAGUCGCUUUGGGAUUCCUAAAAGCUGUUCAGCACUUGCACAACAAUAAUAUACUCCAUGGAAACAUUAAGAGCUCCAACAUUUUUCUAGAUGGAAAUUUACUUCCAAAAUUGGGCCAUUCUGGGCUUAGGUUCUGUCCAGAUAAACAUGCAGUUUACACGCAAGCAAAGAGCAAAGACCUGCAGAUCCACCAGCCGUAUUUGCCUGACAGUUUCUUUCGGAAUGGGCAGCUGACUGUACAAACGGACCUCUUCUCUUGCGGUGUUGUUCUUGCUGAAAUACUGACUGGUCUGAAGGCUUGUGACAGAUUCAGAAAUCCUGUAUAUUUGAAAGAUUUAUUUCUGGAAGAAAUGGAAAGAGCGAAAGAAUAUUUGGAUUUGGAUGGGAAACAGGCAGAUCACAAGUCUCCAGAGAGUCUUUGUUCACGUCAGAUUAGCUCUAAAUAUACUGAUUCGAGAGCUGGGUUGCUGUCAAAUAACGUUGCCUUCAGUUUGAGUUUUGCAGCCUGUUUAUGUCUAACAAAGAAAAAGCCUUUAUUACCAGAGAUUUACACAUUGGUGGAAAAAGCUGAGCAGUGCUCCAGAGAUUGCCAGAAUCUCUCUUUAAAUGUCCCAGAGGAAAGCGAUUUUGAGGAAUCCUUAUCUUUCGAGCCUACGGAAGGGGCCAUCUUCAAGCUGCCCUCUAGUUUCUCACAAGGGUCCUGGUCCAUGGAGGAUAAAUACCAAAAGAACCGUUAUCCCAAAACGGAAAAUAGAGAUGUUGAUAGAACCCCAUGUGAAUCUGAUGACUCCACUCCAAAUGAAUUGAAGACAUCUGGCAGUUGGCAUCUUUUGGGAGCUGCGUCACCUGUAUCUGACCAUCAGCCUAGACAAUCAGAUGCUUUGGAGCAGACCGAAGCUGUUGCUGGAGAGAUGCAGUUCUCAUGGCAGAAAAACAAAGAAUAUGCUGACCUGUCCCAUUUAUCUGCAGGCAGUAGUUCCCCAUCUUGGGGGAUAAUAGUGAAUAAAGAGAAGGAAAAGCUCCUGCAAAACUUCGACCUUUACCAGGAUAACAAGCUAGACAGUGGCUCCCUUUUUGACUCCACUUGAUAUCAGCCACAGAAACAAAGUCUUCAGGAAACUCCCAAAUCUGGACUUCAAAACAAUUACUACCUCUGUAUUGGAACCACUAAUAUCUCUGGGGGUUUUUUUCUACACUUGGUGGAAAAUGAGAAGAGAAACUCCAGAAAGAGGAAUCGAUUGGAACGUUUGGAUAUGGUCUUUCACCACUAAACAAAUCUGCUAUUUCACCUGUAAUGAACUCACCAGGUCUAGACUGGGAGUUACAAUAGGCCCAGACAUUCUAAAUACCGUGAGACCCAAACAGCCCCCACAGGUCCAAUAAAUAAUGACUGUCUAUGGAAUCUUACAGCAGCCCCUCUGGCAUUUGCCAGAAAUCACAGAUUGCCGGCCGGGCCUUGAACUCACUGUAACCAAGGCAGCUCUUUUCAAAUUGCUACAGUGGAAAAACAUUUUAUCGAUGUAAAUCAUUUCUAAGAAUGAAGUGUAAUUACAUAAUAAAAUUUUAUACAUGAA